AUGCCUCUCCUCAACGGCAAGCCCAACCCUACCUUUAUUGGUGCUAUUGAUCAGGGUACUACAAGCUCACGCUUUCUGAUCUUUGACACCAGUGGCGAUGUUGUCGCUACGCAUCAGCUUGAGUUUAAGCAGUACUAUCCUCAUCCUGGAUGGCAUGAACAUGAUCCUGAGGAGUUGGUGAGCUCUGUUGAGCAGUGCAUCGACGGCGCCGUUGAAUCUUUCGAGAGUCAGGGCCACUCAAGAGAUCAGAUCAAGACCGUUGGUAUCACAAACCAGCGCGAGACUACAGUCGUCUGGGACAAGACAACCGGCAAAGCUCUGCACAACGCCAUCGUUUGGACAGACACUCGCUCAAAAGAUCUCGUGCGCCGUCUCAAGCGCCGUCUCGGCUCCAGCGAGCUCAUCGCGCGCUGCGGUAUUCCUCUCUCCACGUACCCAUCCGUCAGCAAGCUUCUCUGGCUGCUACAGAACAUUCCCGAAGUCAAAGAUGCGUACGAGCGCGGUGUCUUGGCUUUUGGAACUGUGGAUACGUGGUUGACGUACAAGCUCAACGGCGCGACGGAUCGCGACGUUUACGUUUCUGAUCCCUCGAAUGCGUCUAGAACCAUGUUUAUGAAUCUUGAGACGCUUCAGUAUGACGAGGAUAUUCUUGACUGGUUCAGAGUCGAUGAUUCCAAGAUUACGCUGCCAAGGAUCGUGCGUUCUUCUGAUAGCAAGGCGUAUGGUUCUCUGGCUGGUACGUCGCUCAAGGGAGUCAAGAUCACCGGAUGUCUGGGCGACCAGUCUGCAGCGUUGGUCGGACAAAAGGCGUUUACCCCCGGUCUUGCCAAGAACACGUAUGGCACAGGCUGUUUCCUGCUCUACAACGUAGGCGCAAAGCCAGUGAUCUCGUCGCACGGUCUUUUGACGACUGUCGCCUUUGACUUUGGCGAGGGCAACACCAUGUACGCACUAGAAGGCAGCAUCGCGGUAGCAGGCUCCAGCGUUAAAUUUCUCGUGGACAAUUUCGGCUUCAUCGAGUCAUCUGCCAAGCUGAGCGCUCUGGCGGAGACGGUGGAGGACAACGGUGGGUGCACCUUUGUUACGGCCUUUAGCGGCCUGUUUGCGCCGUACUGGAUUGACGAUGCGCGAGGAACCAUUUUUGGUAUCACGGCGUACACGCAGCGAGGACAUGUUGCGAGGGCUACGCUUGAAGCGACGUGUUUCCAGACCAAGGCGAUUCUCGACUCGAUGGAGAAGGACAGCGGACAUGCUUUGACCGAGCUUGCUGUUGAUGGCGGCAUGUGCAAUUCGGAUCUCAUCAUGCAGACCCAGUCAGAUCUCAUUGGAAUCCCAGUAAACCGCCCCGCCAUGCGCGAGACAACAGCCCUAGGCGCAGCCAUCGCAGCGGGAUUCGCCGUUGGAAUCUGGAAGAGCUUUGAUGACUUGAAGGAUGUCAAUACUCAAGGUCGUACCAUCUUCAAGCCGCAGAUCGCCGAGGAGGAGGCGACCCAGCGGUUUAGUCGAUGGACCAAGGCCGUUGAGAUGUCCAAGGGCUGGGCCAACGAGUAA